GAGUCUGAAGUGUCUGACGCGUCGCGAUUCGUUUUCGAUUAUUAAUUUUAUUUAUUACCAAUUGAUUAAUUUAAUUUUCCAAUAUGAUCAACAAGUGUUCUGUGAUACUAGCUGUACUGUGUUCGAUUUUAGGUUCUUCAAAUGUAUUUGCAUCAGAAUUAGAUGGCAAGCUAGAUGUGACCAUUUUCUACGAAACUUUGUGCCCAGACAGUGUCAGAUUUAUAUCAAACCAACUCUAUCCAAACUUCGAAGCUUUGGCGCCGUUCACGAACUUCAAAUUUGUGCCAUUCGGAAAAGCAGCGAAUAUUAAUGAUGGUGAAUCCUUCGAAUGCCAACACGGUCCAGAAGAGUGCAGGGGCAACAUGCUGCAGUCCUGCGUCCUGCACCUCCUUGGCAAAAACCCGAUGAUGCACAUGCGCUUUGUGGGAUGUCAGAUGCAUCCAUCAGCCGACCACUCUGGCAAAACGUGUACUAGGAUGGUCGGAAUCGACUGGAAUCUGGUCGAUCGUUGCAUGAAGUCCGACGUCGGAAGAUUGUUGCAAUUGCGCGCCGAAAGAGAGACGAACGCAAUCUGGCCUCAGUUCAUUCCCACAAUCGUUUUCAACGGGGUUUUUAAUCAAGAUUUGCAAGAUAGGUCACAAAUUGACUUCAGAGGAGCAGCAUGCCAUUUUUUGCGCUCCUCAUAUCCUGCGCUUUGUGCAAACACCACCGCAACAAAAACAACCUAAGAAAAACACACUAUUUGUAGAUGAGACGAAAGAGACUUGUUUUUAGAAUAACUUGCCA